CCUAAUCCCCAGUCAAAGCACUCAAAGUCAACUUCCACUGAAACGCGCGCUAGCAAAUACAUAUAAAAACAGGUAACACAAUAUAUCCAACUGUCUAUUGACUUUUAAUCUUGAUAUUAUCCUACUUUCUGACCAGAUCAAACCUGUGCAUUAUUAGCUUGUUCAAUUAUAGAUUCAAGGAAGCAACCUCGUUGAUACCUUUGAUUAUGUCGUAGUUGCGCACUUUGCUAGUACGAUGAAGGAACAAACAACACAACAGAGGUAGCACAGUCGAUCGGCAGAUAUGAUGUUUGCCAGAAGACGGCUGUGGAUUUCUACUUUUCUACUGCUCGUAAUUUGCACGACGAUAGUCAAAGCCCAAAACAAUAGUCGGUGUUCUUCUUCUUGUGGUGAUAUUCAUAUUAGGUUUCCUUUUCGAUUAAAAGCUGAUCCCCAGAAUUGCGGAGAUUCAAGGUUCCAGCUCGAUUGCCCGAACAAUCGUACUGUCAUAAGUUUGGAAUCAAGGAAAUAUUACGUGCUGGAAAUUAAUUAUGAUCAAUUCUUAAUCAGAGCAGUUGACCCUGGUUUGGUGAAUCAGACCACGAACUGUAUUUCCCUUCCCAAUUACUUUACCACAAAUGUUCCUAGCACCUCACCUUUUGAUUAUUUUGCACCUAACAUUCCCAUUAUAUAUGUCAAUUGUUUAGCCACCACCGUAGAUCCUUCGCUCUACGUGAAGACUACUUUCUGUGGUUCACAGAACAAGACUUCUUUCUUUAAUUCUUCACAAAGUCAUAGUUAUGUGGCCAUAGGAGAGGACAUGUCUAUUACGGAUUUGGCUGAGAAUUGCAGCAUGGAAAUAGUGGCCUGGGCCUCAGCUCGUGGGCUUUCGGGUGAUAAUACGACUCUAUCGAGCAUUCAGGAUGCCCUGAGUUAUGGGUUUGAGCUUUCUUGGAAGCGUACCUUCUUGUGUAGAGAAUGUGAAGCGAGUCAAGGCAACUGUUUUGCUGAAGGCGACGGCUACAGUUGCGACCACCGCUGCUACGAUGACACGGGGAUGGAUCUUCCCCUCCCUUGUAGCAUCCACUACUAUGGUGUUCUUACGAUAUUUUACGGCGGAACAGUUCUAAUUUCACUUCUGUCAUUCCGGUUUUUCUGUGGAUUCAUUUUCCUGAUAGCACUAAUCGUGUAUAAAUGGAGAAGACGACACAUAUCUAUGUAUCAAUCAAUUGAAGACUUCCUGCAAACGCAGAGCAACCUUGUGCCAAUUAAGUACUCCUAUUCUGAGAUUAAGAAGAUGACUAAUAAAUUCAAGGAAAAACUAGGCGAAGGAGCCUAUGGAACUGUCUUUAAAGGAAAGCUCCGUAGUGGUCCUUUUGUUGCAGUGAAGAUGAUGCACAAAUCCAUGACUAGUGGGCAAGAAUUUAUCAGUGAAGUUUCCACAAUUGGAAGGAUUCACCAUGUUAAUGUUGUGCAGCUCAUUGGAUUCUGCGUUGAGGGCUCAAAACGUGCUUUGGUAUACGAAUUCAUGCCAAAUGGUUCCUUAGACAAGUACAUAUUUCCACAAGAGGGGAUUGUUUCCUUGAGUUACAAACAAAUGUUCGAGAUAUCUCUAGGAGUUGCCCGUGGGAUAGACUACCUACAUCGGGGCUGUGACAUGCAGAUCUUACAUUUUGACAUUAAGCCUCACAACAUUCUUCUGGACGAAGAUUUUAAUCCAAAAAUAUCCGACUUUGGGCUUGCGAAACUGUACCCAACAGAUGAUAGUAUAGUGAGUCUAACUGCAGCGAGAGGGACAAUGGGUUACAUGGCUCCAGAGUUGUUCUAUAAAAAUAUUGGAGGAGUGUCAUACAAAGCCGAUGUAUAUAGUUAUGGUAUGUUGUUGAUGGAAAUGGCAGGCAGAAGGAAGAACUUGAACCCAUUCGCGGAUCAUUUAAGCCAAAUUUACUUUCCUACGUGGGUAUACGACCAAUUUAAUGAAGGAAAUGAUAUAGAGAUGCAGAACGCGAACGAGGAAGAUAGGAGAAUGGUAAAGAAUAUGAUGAUCGUAGCUUUGUGGUGCAUACAGAUGAAGCCUGCUGAUCGUCCUGCAAUGAACAAAGUUGUUGAAAUGCUUGAAGGAGAUGUUGAACUCCUGCAGAUGCCCCCAAAACCUUUUGUAGCUCCUCGUGAGAUUGCUGGCGAUGUUAUUGAGAGAAUAACAAUAUCCAGUGAAAUCUAGGUGGCUGCUCAGCAUGCUGUGCAAAGCAUCAUCAUACACUUGGGCUGGUGAUUAGGCGCCUUUCUACAUAGUAUUUGUUUGUUUACUCGUGUAUAUCUUGCUAUUUCCUCAACUCAUGUACAUUUUACUCCGUCUUUAAUUUACAAUAGAUCCAACUUUUUGUGGAAGUAUCAUUUUCUUA